AUGGACCCUGGUUCGUCAGGGCAGCAGCCAGAAUUACUUGAUGGAAUAGGGAGGAAGGAGGUGGACGAGGCGGGGAGGAGGAGCGAGAUAGAGAGGAAGUUGGAACUGCAGCUCAUGGCUGAACAGGAGGUGGAUAAGAAGACUUUGAAGAUGCCGAGGAAGAAAAAAGGAGUUUUGAGCGUUGUCGUGAGGAUGGUUGUUAUGACAAUGACGAUCAGCUUCAUCUGCGCGUCUUGUCUCAGCUCUCCUCUUGGCUCGGACGAUGCACGAUGGAGGGUGAACACGACGACGAGCAACAUCAGCGGGGACGUGCGAGCGGGUUCGAGCAAGGAGCGAGGGAUGCAACAGGGAACUACUUCACCUGCAGAAAGAGGAGAAGAAAACGUCUGUGAGGAGAGCAAGGACGGCGGGAAUGAUUACAUCUACACCGAUGAUGUCGAGACCAUGAGAGCCAUCAGGAGGACGUACAACACCACCGCAAGUGUCAACGAGAGGAGGAUCGUCUGGUACAAAGACCCUGUCCGGAAAGAGCUGAGCUCGGCGUCUGCUGGGGGUGGCGGGAAGAGAAGCUCUCGCUGCAUCCAUGGGGGCUGCACACGGCAUGCCAAGUAUGGCAUGUUCGACAGCGUGUCCAAGAGGAGGCAGCUAUUCUGCGCCAUCCACCGCCGUCCUGCCGACGAGGACCUGCGGAGCAAGCGCUGUCAGACGCCAGACGGCUGCAGGAAUCCUGCGAAGUUCGGGCUGUCAUCCCAAGGUGCGAGCAUCCAGGCUGUUUCCUGUCACCCUCCUACGGCGAUCGCUCAAUUCUGCUCGAAACACAAGAAGAAGUCUCAAGUGCUUGUUAAGCGCAACAAGUGCCAGUUUCCAGAAGGGUGCUGCGCACAUUCUGCUCCCUACUACCAGACAGUUUUCAACUCCAAAGUGAGCUGUGAGAGUUUGUUGAACAAGACGACAACCCCCGCGGAUUUCUCGAAUGGGAGAGUCUACAACGUGAACAAGAAGACGAAAGGAGCUGAGACGGCGAAGAAGGCGGAGCUGAAGCAGAGGAACGAUGGCUCGAGGAAGGGAAGGAAUGUCACUCUUGAGAUCCAAGAGCUCUGCCGAGCUGUACAGCCCGAGCUGCAGGAAGCACCUUCGAAGAGCAAAGGGCCGAGCAUGUCGAUCCUGUGGUACCAGCGACUCUCCAAGGGAUAG